UAUGGGUCGCUCCGAGUUGGCACCUCAAGAGAGGGGAAAACGCUGGUACCUUCCCCCAGCUUGCUUCACCUUGUCUAAAAAGGAGAAAGUUAGCUUUUGUGAGUCUUUGCAUGGCUUAAAGGUCCCUGCUGGAUACUCUUCAAAUUUUCGUAGCCUUGUGUCCAUGUCUGACUUGAAAUUAGUUGGAAUGAAAUCUCAUGAUUGUCACGUGUUGAUGCAACAAUUGUUGCCGGUUGCAAUUCGAGGAAUAUUGCCGCCACCAGUGAGGUAUACCAUUACAAGAUUGUGUUUCUUUUUUAACACGAUUUGUAGCAAGGUGAUCAAUCCAACAAUACUGGAUGAUUUGCAGGCGGAUGUACUUGAGACCAUGUGUCGGUUUGAAAAGUAUUUUCCGCCAUCAUUCUUUGACAUGAUGCCUCAUUUGAUUAUUCAUCUUGUUCGUGAAAUUAAGCUUUGUGGGCCAGUUUGUAUGAGGUACAUGUAUCCCUUUGAACGAGAGAUGGGUACCUUGAAAGAUAGAGUGAUGAAUCCGGCCAAACCUGAAGCUAGUAUUGUCAAACGAACCGUUGCUGAGGAAGUUGCCGCAUGGGUUGCUCAAUAUUUGAAUAAUUUGAAAGAAAUUGGAGUACCAAAGUCUCGACAUGAAGGGAGACUUGGGGGUCAAGGUACAAUCGGCAGGAAAAGGAUAUCAAUCGGUUCAGAAAUGAUGAGUAAGAUUGAGUUGUUUGUGGUGCAAACUGUUAGUGAAGUCCAUCCAUAUGUGGAUGAGCACAUGGAGUUUCUUAGAGAGCAAUAUCCUUCAAAAAAUGGUCCUCAACUGAUAACAGAGCAUAAUCGUUCGUUCCUCACAUGGUUCAAGAGUCGAGUGAUGGAUCAAAUCACCGAAACGCCUGAGGUUGUAUCUGACACGUUGAGAUGGUUGGCAUAUGGUCCUAAAUGUCAAGUCAUCUCUUAUGAGGGGUACGACAUCAAUGGCUAUUCUUUUUACACUAAGCGACAAGAUGACAAAACGACGAUGCAAAAUAGUGGUGUUACGGCAAUGGGCUUGUCUUCGGAAUAUGCUAGUGCGAGAGAUAGAACACUUGUAGAUAAGAAGUAUUGUUACUAUGGAGUAAUUGAAGAAAUAUUAGAGUUGCAAUAUAAGGAAUUUAAGAUACCUCUAUUCCGGUGCAAGUGGGUUGAUAUUAGUCGCGGUGUCAAAAGUGAUGAACAUGGGUACUUGACACUUGUAAACUUUAGUCGAGUCGGGCAUCUUGAAGAUCCAUUCAUAUUAGCAUCACAGGCAAAACAAGUCUUUUAUGUUGUUGACCCUGCCGAUCGUAGUUGGUCAGUUGUUCUUGAAGGCAAAAGAAGAAUACUUGGGGUCGAGGAUGUAGAUGAUGAAGAAGAAUAUGAUGAACAGUUUAAUGAGACUCCACCUUCCUCGUGGCAUAUUCCUCAAACAAUUGAUGAUGUUAACAUGAGUCUUACUCGUCGAGAUCACGGUGAAGGAUUUUAUGUUGCAAAAGAGAAAGAGUGAGAGAGGAACCUACCUCCUGCCGGCUAUACUUGUUGAUAAACUCAGAGAAAGUCUUUGUUGCCUUUGGUACUAUACAUCCGGAAUU